CCGACGCGCAUUACUCUUACGAUCCGACGUCGCCGGAAUGCCGUGAUAACAUCCGCUGAUAACAACGCGUCCGCGACUUGUGCGCGUCAGUGCGUCAGUGCAUAUCUUUAACGCGAGAAAACCUGCUGCUAUCUGCGAUCCGGGUGCGCAUUAACAACAAUAGUAAUAAUCGUUUGUUCGCGCGACUCGAGGACGGGUGACGACGGCCCGACUCCGGAGGCGACGGCGACCCGACGAUUACGGUACCGUAAUACACGCGUCGUCGUACCGCGUACGCCACGUUCUUCUUAAUGACGUAAACCGCGGUGUCUCUUCGCUCGCGCGCGUCUCCCUCACCCGCCCCCUCCGGUCCAGCACGGCUGUUGCCAGGAGGUUCGCCGCGAUUCGCGUACUAACCGACCGCUUCCGGUGCUUUUGGAAUAACUCCGCGCUAGGCGUUCGAAGAUGUUCGCCGCCCGUCCGUCGACGUCGACAGCAACCACGGUCUCGCCGUUACCGCCGCGUCCGUCCGCGAUUUUCCGCCGUCACGUUACCCACGCCUCCGGAACGAACGCGAAGCGCUUCGAAUGAUAGCCGCAAGCCGUCCAUUUCCUCCACGGUAUUCUGUUUCCGGUUUUCGUUUCGACAGCCCGUACCGAUUGUCGCCGUCACAUCGAACUCUAACACUACCGCCGCCGACAUCCUCCCCUCGCACUCUGCACGACAACUCCGGAGUAAUGCCACUAGCUGGUCUCGGUGAUUCAGUCGACCCUUGGAAACGAGUGUCGCUACAAACGGAAUCUGAUAAUCAGGUGGAUACAAACACCAUGGUUGUUGGUACAUCCAAAGGAAAGCCAAUACCAUUCAAUCAAUCUAAGUCCUCAAGUUUACAUAAUAAUAUUGAUAUUAAACCAGAUAUAAAAGAUGAAAUUGUGGAAGAAUUAGAUUAUGAUCAUGAUGAAAACCAAAACGAUUCAGAUGAAAAUAGUGGUCAUGAAAUUGAACUUAAAGAACUUAUUAAAGAAGGUCACGAAAGAGCUGAUCGAUCACAAUUUGAAUUGUUAAAAGUUCUUGGACAAGGAUCAUUUGGAAAAGUUUUUUUGGUUCGAAAAAUUGUUGGCCCAGAUAAUGGAACACUAUAUGCUAUGAAAGUAUUAAAAAAAGCAACUCUUAAAGUGAGGGAUAGAAUAAGAACAAAAAUGGAGCGUAAUAUAUUAGUUGAUGUUCGCCAUCCAUUCAUUGUGCGAUUACAUUAUGCAUUUCAGACUGAAGGCAAAUUAUACCUUAUUCUAGAUUUUUUACGGGGUGGAGAUCUAUUUACAAGGCUUUCAAAAGAGGUUAUGUUUACUGAAGAAGACGUUAAGUUUUAUUUGGCAGAACUAGCAUUAGCUCUUGAUCAUAUACAUAGCCUUGGAAUAAUUUACAGGGAUCUAAAACCUGAAAAUAUAUUAUUAGAUGCUGAUGGUCAUAUAUCCUUGACUGAUUUUGGUUUGAGCAAAUUACCAUUAGAUGAUCAAAAAGCAUAUUCAUUUUGUGGAACUGUUGAAUACAUGGCCCCUGAAGUGGUAAAUCGUAAAGGUCAUUCAUUUGUAGCUGACUGGUGGUCAUUUGGAGUUUUAAUGUAUGAAAUGCUUACUGGAUCAUUACCCUUCCAAGGAGCUAAUCGUAAAGAAACUAUGUCUCAGAUAUUGCGUGCCAAACUUGGUAUGCCACAGUUUUUGUCUCAUGAAGCGCAAGCUUUGUUACGUGUACUUUUCAAAAGAAAUCCUAGUAAUCGCUUAGGCGCGGCUGGUAUUCAAGAAUUAAAAGAUCACGCUUUUUUUGCAUCAAUCAAUUGGGACAAAUUAUACCAUAAAAAAAUUCAUCCACCAUUUAAACCAGCUGUCAGUAGAGCUGAUGAUGCGUUUUAUUUUGAUAGUGAAUUCACUUCUAAGACACCAAAAGACUCUCCAUGUGUUCCUCCUAGUGCUAAUGCACAUGAACUAUUUCGAGGGUUUAGUUUUGUUGCUCCUUGUUUAAUGGGAGAGGAGGACAUUGUGAAUCUUCAACAAACAUCAUAUAUGCCAGCUAAAGUUACUGAACCAUACUCAAAGUUACCUUAUGCUAAAAGAAAUGCUGGUGAUGAAUAUGAACUAAAACAAGAAAUUGGCCGUGGUAGUUAUUCUUCUUGUAGAUUAUGUGUUCAUAAAACAACUCGUAUUGAAUAUGCAGUUAAGAUAAUUGAUAAAUCAAAAAAAGACUGCCAAGAAGAAGUUGAAAUUCUUUUACGAUAUGGACAUCACAAUAAUAUAGUAACAUUGAGAGAUGUUUAUGAAGACGAUAAGUCUAUUUAUUUAGUAAUGGAAUACAUGAGAGGUGGAGAAUUGCUUGAUCGACUUCAUAAGCUAAAAUACUUCUCAGAAAGAGAGGCUAGUGCCAUAAUGCAAGUUGUCACCUCAACUAUAUGUUAUUUACAUAAAAAUGGAGUUGUGCAUAGAGAUCUAAAACCAUCAAACAUUCUUUAUGCUACUGAUAGCGCAUCACCUGAUGCUUUAAGAAUAUGUGAUUUUGGUUUCGCUAAACAAUUACGUGCAGAGAAUGGUCUUUUAAUGACACCAUGUUACACUGCCAACUUUGUAGCUCCUGAAGUACUGAAAAGACAAGGUUAUGAUGCCGCUUGUGAUAUCUGGUCAUUGGGUGUACUAUUGUUCACAUUAUUAGCUGGGCAUACACCAUUUGCUAGUGGCCCUGAUGAUACACCAACUGAAAUAUUAAAUCGCAUUGGCAACAGCAGUUUAGAUUUAAAAUCAGGAAACUGGAUGGUAGUUUCGACUGAAGCUAAGGAUUUGGUAAAAAAGUUGUUGCACAUAGAUCCUCAUCAAAGACCAACAGCUAGUCAAAUUCUAUUAAGCCCGUGGAUUUUGAAUAGAGACAAAUUACCAACACAUCAGAUACAGUUGCAAGAAUCAUAUAAAAUAAAUGGAGCAAUGGAGGCUACUUAUCGAGCCGUCAGUCAAUCUCCCCCAACUCCUAAUCUUGGACCAGUUGUGUUAAGUCAGCUGGCACAAAGACGACACAAAUCACGUACUAAAUGAUACUUGAUAUCUACUUAUAUAUAACUUAAUAUUCCUUUUUAUUCUAUUUCUAUCACUAUAUUUAUCUUAUUGUGUAUGAUUAAAUUCAUACUUCUUUAUAUAUAAUGUAGCAUCUUUUAUUGUAUUUAAAUAUCUUUUUGACUUUAUAUCUAAAUUAUUUUAUCAAAUCUUAAAGUUAAGAUAAAACUUGUUUGUUUACCACCAAAUGUGUGUAAAUGACAUUUUAACAUUGACAAUAUAAAUGUAAUGGACUUCAAUUAUUAUAUUAUUAUGUGUACAUAAUACUGUUGGUGACAUAAAAACUAAAUGAACAUCACAAUCAUGAUUGUAAUUAUGAUGAUGUUCAUUUAGCUUUUAACAAAAGUUUAUACACAAGUGCUUAUAAUUAACAGUAUUAAACAUUCCUAGUAAGAUUGUUAUGUUUAUUAAUUACAAUUACA